UAGAUCUGGUAGCUCUCAUUAAAUAAAGAUUACAUAACAGAACAGAGUUGACAGGGGUUUUAGUGCAGGUACAUCCAUCAGGAGAAUGUGUGACGAGCUCCAUCUUGUAACAGAGCAGGAAAUCCCACAGCUGCUAGCCUGGCUUGAGCAAGAGUUACCUCAGUCUUACGCGCUUUACGGUGUUGUCAGGGAAAACACCAGAUUAAAUUGGCCAGGAUAUCAGUUCUACACCAUCGGAUGGCCAAACAUACAAGCAGCGGCCACUGGCAAUACUGACCUCAACUGUGGGUGUUAUGACUACUUUAAAACAACAGCCCAACUUUUUCUGUACGCCCGUGACGCUAAAUCAGCGCAGGUUUUGUUGACAUCUCCAGGAAUUGUUGACUGGAACAAACCGGCCAUUUUUCGAUUCCCAGAUACACUAACGGUAGGAAUCCGUGAAAUGUUCCAGUCAAGAUUUUCAUACGAGCCGCAAGAGUUGACGUUUUACACAAUGAUGGCACAAAGGGAUGACGUCAUUACAAGCAGCAGCCAAUUACCUGACGACCUGAUUAUCUCCCCUCUGGAACCAAAACGAGACGCUACCAUUAUGAACUCGACCUGGCCGUAUAAAAGGAAGCACUCGGAUAAAUAUAUGGAACAACUUGUUCUCCGUUACCCUUCUUGUGGUGUCUUUGAUAGGUCUGGCCAAUGUCUAGGUCACGUGGUCGGCACAGACCAAGGAACCGUUGGAAUUCUUUACGUGGUUCCAGAAAUGAGACGUCACGGCCUGGGUCAGAUACUGCUACGAGGGCUAUCUAAGGCUUACUUCGACCUUGACCUCCCGUGUGUUGCCUACUGUCUGACGAACAACGUCCAAUCAAUUCAGUUAUUUGAAAAAGUUGGAUAUAAGAAAAUCGACACAAUAAAAGUGAUGUACCACACUCCAACAUAACACUUCGCUGCAGUUUUCAUGUUAUGCGAUGCAUUUGCCAUUCAGUUUUUAAAUUGAGGUUUAUUUAUAGAUUAAAAGUAUGGCCAAUUUUUUAUGGGUCAGUUUCCCAUAUUAAAAAUAUUACGUGCCGAGCAAGGUGCAAGUUUCAAGUAAUUCUUAAAGGUUCGCAAUUUUUUUUUAUACACGAGCUCAAUAAUGAAAAACCUGAGGUUGAAACAUUUGUAAACGAAUAAAUCCACUCUGGAUAUCACAAGAUGAUUAAAGAUAUUUUGUUGUAAUUAGACUAUAAAUACACAUUGCUAAGUCCACCACCGGUGGGGGCGUGUUCUACGUUGUUGUGAUUGGUCAUACAAGGGGAGGAAAUAAAUAUUUGAACAUUUA